AUGACGAAGCCCAAACUAGCAGAAAAUAGCAAAAUGGCACAAGAUCUUGUGGUUGACCGUCUACAGAGGAAGGUGGAUCAGCUAAAAGAUGAUCUGCUUCUCUAUGAGGCUCAGCUCUCUGCCCAGACUGCAGACUUUCAGGCAGCUCAGGAGGCUUUGCACGAGGCAGAGGCAGAAAUUUUGACUAUUCGAGCCGACAGGAAACAGUUAAUGGCUCAAUGGAAUUCUAGUCUAAUUGGCUUGCAGAGGAGGAACGAGGCCUAUGCAGCUUUACUGUCAGCCUACAAGUAA